AACAACCAAAAAGCAAGAUCUAAGCAUAAAUAAGCGCCUUCUCACCAACUCUUACUCAUCAAAAUCGAACCCACCAAAAGCAAGAUCUCUCUCUCCCUCCAAUAGUAGAACUUAUGAUGGCUUGCGAAACAGAUGGUGGUGUUCCAGUGACAUUCCCAGUGAUUGAUAUCAGCCUUCUGUCCUCAGAAGAUGAGCUUCAGAAACUCAGUUCAAUUCUCAGCUCUUGUGGAUGCUUCCAGGCUAUCGGUCAUGGAAUGUCCGUUGGAUAUCUUGACAAAGUGCGCGAAGUUGCUAAACAGUUCUUCGCACUGCCAAACGAAGAGAAACAGAAAUGCUCACGAGCUUUGAAUGAGGUGGAAGGAUAUGGCGAUGACUUGGUUGUGACCGAAAACCAAAUCAGAGACUCUUGCUGUCGUCUGUUUCUUAGAGUAUUUCCCGAAGAUCAAAGGAGGCUCAAUCUUUGGCCUGAAAAUCCCUCUGAUUUUUCUGAAAUCUUGCAUGAAUAUGCCCUCAAGGUGAAAUCAAUAAUGAAUGAUCUUUCCAAGGCCAUGGCGAGGUCGCUCAAGUUGGAAGAGAACAGCUUCUUGAACCAGUUUGGAGACCGGCCGGUGAUGCAAGUGAGGUUCAACUUCUACCCGCCCUGUUCCAGGACCGAAGUCUUUGGUGUCAAACCUCAUUCAGACAGAUCGGGAAUCACAGUUCUUCUGCAAGACAGAGAAGUCGAAGGCCUCCAAGUCCGAAAAGACGGUGCUUGGUACACGGUUCCCGUCAUCCCUGACGCUCUUGUGGUCAAUCUCGGCGAUCAGAUGCAGAUAAUGACCAAUGGGAUAUUCAAGAGCCCGGUGCAUCGAGUAUUGACAAAUGCGAACAAACUGAGGUUGUCGGUUGCCGUGUUCAGUGAGCCAGAGGCGGAAAAAGAGAUCGGACCGGUGGAUAGCCUCAUCGAUGAGACAAGGCCGAGGUUAUACAGAAACGUCAGAAACUUCGCUGCUUUCAACUACGAAUGCUUUCAGAAAGGCAAGGUCGCACUCGAGGAAGUGCGGAUUUGACUGAUGGUCUAGAAUGCAUUGUGAUCUGAAGUCCGAAUCUUGAAAAGUUCAGAUGACUUUAGAGCCCAUUUUUCUAAAUUCACGAUCGGGUUGCAUGUUGGGCCUACUCAAAUAAUAUUCAUAAUCUCGCCUA